AUGGGAGUGCAAGGGUUUCAGGAGUAUUUGGAGAAACGCUGCCCUGGGGCGGCAGUUCCAGUAGAUCUCCUCAAGCUCGCCCGAACGGUAGGCCGUCAGCCCCCACACCACCUCCACCACCACCACUACCACCAUCCCCAUCAUCCCAGCUCGCUGCCUCCGCCUCCCCCGCCAGCGCGCAUUCUGGUGGACGCGGACUCCGGCCUUCAGCGGCUCUACGGGGGCUACCAGACCGACUGGGUUUGUGGAGGCGAGUGGAAUGCAAUGCUCGGCUAUCUGGCGGCGCUGUCCCAGGCCUGUCUGUACCAAGGCGGACUGGAGCUGGUGGUGGUGUUUAACGGAACGCUUGGGAAGGACCGCUGGCCGGAGUGGGCGCGACGGGCGCAGGGGCAGCGACAGACCGCACAGCUCAUCGUCAACCACGUCGGAAGCAAGGCCACGCCCCCCCCGCGGGCCUGGUUCCUGCCCCCGGCCUGCCUGAGCCACUGUGUCCGCCUCGCCAUGUUCCGAUUCCGCGUGCGGGUGGUACAGACCCUGGAGGACCACCAUCAGGAGGUGCUAUCCCUGUACAGAGACUAUGGUUUUCAGGGUCUGAUUGCACAGGACUCAGAGUUUGCCCUAUGCAACGUUCCAGCCUAUUUCAGCUCCCACGCUCUCAAGCUCUCCUGGAAUGGCAAGAAUCUGACCACUCACCAGUACCUGCUCUCAGAGGCAGCUCGCCAGCUCGGCCUCAAGACCCAGCACCUGCCCAUCUUUGCUGCUCUUCUAGGUAACCACAUUAUGCCAGAUGAAGACUUGGCUGCCUUUCAUUGGAGUCUGCUAGGCCCAGAACACCCUCUUGCCUCUCUAAAGGUAAGGGCUCAUCAGUUAGUACUCCCUCCAUGUGAGGUUGUUAUUAAGGCUGUAUCUGAGUAUGUGGCCUCCAUCAAAGAUCUUGGGAAUUUAGAUUCGGUGGCCAAGGAUGUUUUCAAGCAGUCACAGUCACGAACCGAAGAUAAAUUUGAGAGGUUUAAGAAGGCAGUGGAAUAUUUUUCAGCAGCCAGUAAACCAAGACCUCUCUCCAUGGGACCUUCUCCUUACCUCUUUCCAGGCUUCGGGCCUAGUCAGUUUAGCGGACCCCCAGGCCAUAUGGGGGCAAUGCAACCUGUAAAAGCUCAGUUUGGUCCACCCCAGGUGUCAGGUGUUAAGGUGCCUUAUCCAGGUGGGCUCUAUGGACCCAGCCCUGCCACUGGUCCAGCCCUUUUAUGCCAGAACCCAACUCAGCCUCUGCAGGACUGUAAUGAUUCACUAGUUGGGAAAAUGGGUUUUGCUGAUUGGUCUGCUCCAUAUGAUUCCUCUCAAAGUGGAAAUCGACAGCCCAAUCAUCACACUGCUGCUCCUACAGGCCCUUCCCCCUCAUCAUCAUCAUCUUCAGAUGGGGAGGAGCAAAAUGACACCAGCACUAAUCAUUUGGCUGACAAGUCUACAAGAUGGGAAGAUCCCAGUGGACGGGGCAGCAGUGGCUCUGGGGACGGGCACCAUGGUAAUGGAAGUGGGCCGUCCAUUCCGUCAUUGCUGUCCAUGCCAACGCGGAGUCACAUGGACAUCACAACCCCACCCCUUCCACAGGUCUGUGCCGAGGUGCUGAGGGUGGCAGAACACAGACACAGAAGAGGACUCAUGUAUCCACAGAUCUACCACAUCCUGACCAAGGGGGAGAUGAAGAUGCCAGUGUGUAUAGAGGAUGAGUGCAACCCCGACCUGCCUCCUGCUUCUCUACUUUUCCGUUCUGCCCGCCAGUAUGCCUACGGGGUGCUGUUCAGCUUGGCUGAGACCCAGCGGAGGCUGGAGAGACUGGCCAUGCGCAAGCGUAGUCCAGUUGACGUGCCUCCGGUGAUUGUAAAGGAGUGGUGUGCCAGUAAAGCUAAAUCUGCCCUGACCCCAGAGCUCGUUCCAGCCCUGUGUUUCCGCGAGUGGACAUGUCCAAACCUGAGGCGGUUGUGGCUGGGCAGAGCGUCUGAGGACCGUAGCCGUCGUACACGAGCCUUCCUAGCAUGCAUGCGCUCUGACUGCCCUGCCCUGCUCAACCCGACCUGUGUGCCAUCUCACCUGCUGCUCAUGUGCUGUGUGCUCAGGUAUAUGAUGCAGUGGCCAGGGGGUCGUAUUCUUCAGCGCCAUGAGCUUGAUGCCUUUUUGGCUCAAGCUGUGUCCAACCAGCUCUAUGAGCCUGACCAACUUCAGGAACUCAAGGUGGAGAAGGUGGAUAACCGUGGGGUGCAGCUGGCCUCUCUGUUCAUGAGUGGAGUAGACACUGCCUUGUUUGUCAAUGACGUUUGUGGACAGCCCUUGCCAUGGGACCACUGCUGCCCGUGGGGCUUUUUCGAUGGGAAGUUGUUCCAGAGCAAGCUAGCUAAAGCCACCAGGGACAGAGCCUCAUUACUUGAUAUGUGUGAAGGCCAGGAGGAGCUGGUUUCGAGGGUGGAGAAAAUGCGGCAGGCCAUUCUGGAGGGCAUCAACCUGUCCCGGCCGCCUCCCCCACCUCCACCAAUGCCACCCCCUGCAUUUCUCCCCCCUGCCAUGGUGCCCCCUUUCUACCCCAUGCAUCCUCUGUACCCUCCUCGCCCAAUGGGCUCCAUGCCACCUCCUCCACACCAUCACCACCAACACCGGCCCAGAGCCUUCCCAGGAAUCCAGUCUAUACCUCCCCAGGGUGGCAAGCUGGAAAUAGCUGGCAUGGUUGUUGGUCAGUGGGCUGGGAACAAACCAGUUCGUGGCAGAGUCAAUGUGCAGGUGGUGUCAGUAGGAGGGAGAGGAAGGGGUAAAGAAUUGACAAUGAAAGGAAGGGGAGGGAAGAAAGAGACCACCAACAGGACACAGAUUCUGUCCUCUUCACCACCCUCCUCCAGCCCCCCAAAGCUCACUGAGGACGCUAAAUCGGUGGGGCGGCCCACGGAAGGAACGGGGACUGUGUCACAGCAGCUGAACGGCAGCUCUUCAGGAAGCGCCACUGAUCAAGCUCUUGACCUGCCACCACUGGCCCAGCCAAUCCAGUGUGCCUUAGCCAGCAGAGACAACCAGUCAGGAGAUGGGGUGGAGGUAGAGGCCCCUUGUUGCCUUGAUGACUGCCCAUCAGAUGGUGCACUACAGAAAGAGGAGUAAUUACAUCCCAUAAUGUAAUAAGGAAUGAGAGAGUGAGAGGGAAUGAUCUAAGGUCGACUGCCUUUUCAUUGCAAAAUUGAAUAUUUAGGGCACAGUAGCCACUUUGUGUUGUCAUGGUAUGAUUUAUGAUGCUGCACAUGCUGGAAACGACAGAUGGACAGUGUCAGGAAUGCGGUCUAUGUGUCACCUUAAGAGCUGGGUCUGGUUUAAAUAACCCAUGAUUGCACGUCGCCCUGAAUCUUCGGAUUCUGGACCUCAUCCUUUCCACUGGCCCAUCAGUGUUGUAGCAUCACGAAAAGCUCUUGAGUCUUUUUAUUUCGACACUGUUUUCUUUUCAGACCUUAGUACAUUAAUGGUGACCUUAUAUGUAUGAAUUGCCUAAAACGGCUACGAAAAGCCCCUUAUUGCCCAAAGUAUAUUUGAAAAUUGACCUACACAAAAUAAUUGCACGUGUCAAGUAGCACAGCAGCACCUGCUCUAAAGUUUCCACCACACAGCAAGAAUCACUUUAUGCGUACUACACAUGGCUGUAUCUGCAGUGUACCAAGAAUUCGAAUUCAACACUGCUUUGAAUACAGUAGACGAGUGGAAACUGACGGAGAACGUGGGUUGUAUUUGUAUGUCACAGUGUGCAUUCACACACAUGGUAGUUCUUUUUUUUGUUUUUUUUAAAGAUUAUUUUAUCAAAGAGUGAUUUGCAUGUGGAAAAGUUGCUAUUGCCUUUAGCACAGGGGCCACGGGCGGCCCAAGAAGUCCAGGUUCAGAGAGGCAUGUUUGAGUAACGAUAACAAAUGGAACAGAAAGAUUCGUACGGGUUACAAUCAGAAUCGCAUAGCUAGCUCUACUUUGUUGCUUUCUCUCACAUGUAGACAAUCUUCUUUUAGGCCCACAUCCCCUUGAGAAUUCACAGCAGUACUCAAGUAGUUCUAAAUGAGAUUUUUAAAGCACCUUACGCCCGAAAUUAUACAUAUGCAAGUUCACCUCCUCGAAUGAGGAAAAAAUACCCUUAAAAUUGAUUGUAUUGCAACGUAAAGCACUUAAAAUAUUAUUUAUGAUAGUACUGCGCUAUAUUGAGACAGUAAAUUGGUUAACGUCCUUUUAUUAAGCUGCAGACCCUGAUUCCUUUUGACAGUUUAACUGUCCAAAUACACUUUUACCCUGCGUGUUGUUUACCAGUAUGACGUACAAAUCGACAACCCAUUUGAAUGUGAGAACGGAGUGCGUCGUAACCUGCACUUUGUUUAAAAACUGAAAACACACUGGGUUGUCCUCAAACCAGGAUAAAUAAAAAUUGAGGCUUCUGGCAGAGUUAGGGAGGAAGCAGUGUGUUCGGAGGAAACUGUGAUACUGUUUGACAUCCCAGCCGUUUGUAUAUAGACCCAAAUGUACAUGAUCCUAUUACGAAAUGAUUUAGGGGAGUGAUUUUAUCAGUGGUCAAGAAUGCACACAGUCCCUCAGAAAAACCUGCCAUUGAUCAUCUCUUAGCUUCAUAACAUUUUGGUUUUGAGUUUUAGCAGAUGCAAACCCCUCCCUAUCCCCCGUUGUGCAUGUGUACCAUGUGGAUGAUUUUUUGUAAAUGUGCAUUCUCCCGCCAUCACUAAAAUAAUAGUAGUUUUGUUACAUGCAAAAGAAAUUAAUUGAAUGAAUCUUAAAAUCACCUUUUAUUGUGACAAAAUCAUUUAAAAAAUGUAAUUUACAAAAAAAAAAGAAAAAAAGAGUCUGUGCUUCUCCAGACUGUUUUGUGAUCAGUCCGUCUCGUCUUGUUUUUGUGACAGUCCUAUGAACUCAUGCACUUCUAGGUUCAAAACAUUACUUCUAUUGAGGCAAAUAGGCUUUAAAGUAAAAACGAACAAAACACCAUGAUAAUUAAAGCUGCACUUGCCGUUAGAUUGACCAUUUUGCAUCAGAUGGUUAGAUUGAUUUUACUUAAAUGUUAAUGUUUAAAUGCAUUUUAAAAACAUAAUACAUGUUUCUUACCAAUGAUUUGUUGGAUGUAACGAAUGAGAAUUUAAUUUUAAGAAUAACUAGUACACUUGAGAGAGGCUAUUGCAUUUAAUCAUAGUUUAAGAUCUGUACAAUUGACAAUGUCAAGAUUACACCACAGCUUUCUAUUGAAGUUAUAAGAUGCACCUUAUUUUGUUUAGAAGUUAAUAUUAUAUUUAGUGCCACUAAAAAUAUAUCGAAAGCUCUUUAAAUCAAAUUAUGGAAGACCCAUUAUAGUUACAUGUCUAUGUAAAUUCUGCAAAUUCUCACUCUUGAGAAACCCAGACCGAUCAACCCAUCAGAAAUAUCAUGAAGACCUGAAGCAUGCAUUGUUAAUGCAGUUUGCUAUAAAAUAAGUAAAUAAAAAUGACCAUGAUAUAUCAGUGUCAGAAUAUGACAAUACUGGACAGACUUUAAACCAACACUCUUGACUGUAGCGUGACCGGCACUAUUCGUGAACUAACACGCGACACCGUCAUGCACACUAGAGCAAUUUAAACCUCAACCUUAGGUUGUCACGUUUUACUGUGUGUUAAGUGCAGUAGUGCUAGUUUUCAAGAGAGGAUUUCCAGCAUGUUAGUGAAUAUGAACAUGCAUACAUACCCAUUAAUGGAUUUUCGGCUUCCUCAUAAUAACAGUAGAUCCUUUUAAAACAUUCAGUCCUGUUUCAUCACUGAUUAACAGCCGUUCCAGUUAGUUGGGUUUUUUCUCAGCGUGUUUGUCAUAGAGAAUCAGUAACUCCUUCACAUUUAGUUUUAAUUGUAAUCUAAGUAAAGGAACAGCAUAAACCGAAAUAUACAGACACACCAAAUAAACAUAUAAUCUUUCUCUCUCUCCCUCUGUCGCUCUCUCUUUCUCUCUCUCUCUCUCUCACACACACACACAAACACACACCUUAUACCUUUGUUAUACCUGUAGAGAGACAUUGGUUAGUAGGAGGGAGGGAAAAAAAAAGUAACACUUUCAGAUAUUAAUGUUUUGUCCAGUGUUAAUUUCUCUUAUAAAUAUUUGGUUACUUAAUUUGCAGUUUCAGAUGCUUGGUUCCAAAGUUACCCUAUCCAAGCUUCUCUGCUUUGCUGUUUUAGAUUGCUGCUUAUACUCUCAUUCAUGCAUUUAUGGAGAUUCAUGUGAGAGUAAAAUAUAGACUAAGAAAUAUCUAUCUGUUGAUCAUUUUGAAUGAGAAAGAUUCUCUGGAGAUGAGUGAGGGUGUUAGAAUGGCACCUUGUUUGCUCCAGAUGUUGGUCUUGUUAAAACUGAUAAAACGUUUGGUAACAAACUCAAACACCUACGCAACCCCCCCCCCCCCCCUUUCACGUUUUCCAUGGGCCAUGGACAUUGAUAGUCACAAUAACACACAAGUGUUCUCCCUCUUCUUAGCUCUUGUCUCUUCAUUCUUUUAUUCUGGCCUUUGUUUCCCCCGCAGCAACUCUCCUUACGUCUUCAUACUAACAGUGAGAGAUUUGAACUUUUUUUGUAAUUAGUCUAAUAAUCUGUCUGUAAGUAAGUAAUCUUAGACAAGACUUGGUAACAUUUUCAACGAAUCGAAAAAUUUUACUUCAUCUUCGGUUUCAUUUAGUUGUGAAAUUGUGUUUUUCUUUUUUUUUAAAUGUUGUUACAACAGCUACUCCUUUGACCGUUGCUACAUUUAGUAUUAACAUUUGCUUAGCGGAGAUAGCUAGAUAUUUUAAACUGUAAUGAUUGCAAUUUUCCUCACCUCUUUUUUUUGUAUGGUAUCGUUCAAACCACUUCACCAUUAUGAUGUAAUUGUCACUUAUAGAAAUAACGCAUUACAUUGUGUUUGGAUAUCUUUUUUUUUCAGUCUCUUUAAAACAGUCCAUUUAAAAGCUGAUUUAUUUUGAACAAAUUGUGCUUCCUUGCACACAAAGCAGACUAAUACACAUUUGUGCAACAUAUUAAUUUUCAAUCGAAGUCAAAGUUCUGGAUACUACUACUCCAGUAUAUAGUUAACAGUCUUGGAUCCUGUAUGUCUAAUUAUACAGCUACGUGUUUUCAGUAAUUGAGCUAUUAGAAUACGUAAGGGGUCCGUAAUCAGAUACUAAAUGAAGAAAAUGUGUUUACAUCUUUUUGGUGAACAGUGGUUAAAUCUUGUAUCGUCCAGUUUUAUUGCUAAAAUUAAGAUUUCUUUAUUUCCUCUCAAGUGGAGCCUUGGACAAAGCUCUUCAUAGCGAUUAACCCUAGAACACUUCUUCAGCUCCCAUGCAACAUGUAUUGUCCCUCUGGAAAAAUAUAGCUUCAGUGUAGUCAUGGAUAAGGUUAUAAGUGUGAACACAUACUGUAACCAUGCGCUCGCACACACACAACCAAUAGCUAUUCUGGUAAAGAGUUUUGCCUGUGCAUUCCUGUAGAUUUGUGUCUGGACCUCAGAUCUGGCUCUUGCUUUAUAACUGUUACCCCUGUAUCCUGGCUCUGCCGCCCUUCACUCCACAGGACCACUGGUGUGGUCAGGUUUCAGUCCUAGUCUGAUAACAGGAAUGUGUUGUGUACAGUGGCCCGCUGACAUCCUACAUUUUCUGGAAGUAUCUGGUCCCCGUUGCUUUCUAGCAUGUUCCCCCAAGUCCAUCAAGUUGACAUCCAUUUGUAGGCAACACAUUCUGUCAUCUGUUCUUGGAAAACCGAUCUGUUCAUCAACACAAAUGUAUUGAUGCAUGCAUCAAGAUCUCCAAAAGCUCCAAAAAAACUUGUGAAGUGAAGGGUAAAGUUCAUUAUUAUUAUUGCUGUUAUGGUUAUGAUCGUUAUUAACAAUUUCUCAUUUUUAGUAUAAAGAAAGCACCUGAUUGUUUUGGAAAGAAACUUUUUCUUUUUAAUUUGUCUUGCUGUUGUGGUCUGAUUUCAUGGUGGAUUGGGGAGAAAGCCAAAAGGCUCAGCGAGAGAGAAGUCAAAGUUGGCAGUCAUGUUUGUAUGGUUGGGAAAUGACUUACAGUGCUGAAAUAAAAUUUAUUCUUUUAGUAAA